AUUGCAUCGCCAGCACACAACAACAAGAUCAGCAUUCGAAUCGAAACAGCCCAAAGAUGAAGACGGUUCAGAUUGUCAUCUUUGUCCCAGUGUUGCUUUCAAAUGCAGCAGCGGGUUUCCCCGUGGACAGAAGGGACAAGUACGCCUCCUGGGACGACGUCAACGUGGUGGCCCACGGCCUGCUGCAGCUGGGCCAGGGUCUCAAGGAGCAUGUAGACAAGACCAAAGUUCAGAUGAGGGACGUCAGCAGCCAACUGAAAGCCUUCAACGCCACGGUCGCCACACUGGAGAGAAAGCAACGCGAGCAAGACGCAGCCCUGAAGGCCAGACGGGAGGGGGAGGAAAGGAUAGAUGAGCAAGUGGUGAAGCAGGCCAAGGAGAUCCGCUCCCGCAUGAACACACUUGAGAAGAACGUGGAUGAAAUGCUUAAAGUGACACCGGAAGUCAGCUUCAGAGACAACAACUCAACAAUGUCAUUUAUCCAGAGAGCCUUGGCAGCGCAGAACAGACGCAUCGACCAGUUGGUGGACAAAAUCAAGCAGCAACAAGACAAACUGGACAAGCAGAGUGUACACCUGCAGACACUGCAGAGCAAGGUUGCACAUAGGAGAGUCAAAUUCCUCAGGCGAAGGGAUGAGGAGACAACACUGAGGGGAGAUGCGGCGCUGAGCGAUGCCAAAACAGGUCUAGCUCGGGAUUGCCACGAUCUGUUUGUACAAGGGCAACGAGCCAGCGGCAUAUACACAAUCCAGGCACAGAACUCGCAGCCGUUCAACGCCCUCUGCGAAAUGACCUCAGAAGGUGGAUGGAACGUCAUUCAGAAACGUUUUGAUGGCUCGCAAAACUUUAAUCAGCUUUGGGGCAGCUACAAAAAAGGCUUUGGCAGCCUGAAUGGAGAGUUUUGGUUGGGCUUGGAGAACAUUCACGCAAUCUCCGAACAAGGCCAGUACCUGCUCCAGGUGGAGCUCACGGAUUGGGCGGGAGAGACUCAAGCGACACACUAUCGCAUCCAACUUGAUGGAGAGGACAAAAACUACACUCUCCACCUCGAGGAAGAUUCUACAUCUGGAGUUCAGGGGGGAGGCAUUCUGACGGGUGCCUCGGGUCUUCCUUUCUCUACAGCCGACCGCGACAGUGAUCUCGCCGCGGACGUCAACUGUGCUGAUCUUCACUCAGGAGGUUGGUGGUUCAGCAACUGCGGCGCCUCAAACCUCAACGGCAAAUAUCCCAGAAGACCCGCCACGCUCAGGGCCAGGCCAAGGAGGAUGUUUUGGACCUACGCAAAGAGGCAAAACAAUUCUUUAAGGACAACUCUUAUGAAGCUUGCACCGAUUUCAAUAAACCAGCAAUAGAUUCUUACGCAUGUAUGCAGCAGAGGACCAAACCAAGCUGGGAAAACAUGAUGCAUUUGUGAUGGAACAACGAAAAAUGUAACUAGGCUGACAAACUCAACACGCCGAUUUAUCAUCUGUUUAUUGCACUGAAUUAUCAUAUAUUGCUAUGCCAUAAGAUUUCUCUCAGUCACAUUGACAGUUACAAGUAUUCCCUUUAUAAGGGCUUUAAAAAAAAAAAUAUAUAUAUAUAUAUAUAUAUAUAUAUAAUCUGUGUAUUAUUUUCUUCAAUAUUUUGUAUUCAAAUAUACCAUUUGUAAGAACUGAAUGAAAAGUGUUUUUCAUAAGGUUUGUGUCCCUGGUAAAUAAUACAGUAGUUAAAAAUUCCACACAAUGUUUAAUUAAACACCCAGGACUGGUCGCCAGUCAAUUAUAGGGAGCAUUCCUGUAUGAUACAGACAGACAAGCAUUCAGGCUCACAUUCACUCCACCACUCACC